UGCUUCUCCACUCGUUUCAUCUUCCGGCUGCGACCAGCGACUCCUGUUGCCUUCGUCGCUGCUUCUUCCGUUUGCCCCCCUCCAGCUAGCCAGCGGCCAGACGCCAUGGACGCGAUUUUCGCGCGGCUUUUCCCCGCUCCCAAGGGCCCGCACCCACAGGGUUCCGGAGACGGCUCUCCCGAUCGGCGCGGGAAGGAUGGGCGGCGAGGAGUGAAAGCGAGCAACGAGGGCGUUCUGCGCGCUGGAUUGCUGGCCGCCUCCUCCUUCGCGGUGGGCUCGGGUCUCCUCCUGGCCGCUCAUCGCCACACCUCGCCUCUCGCCCUCGCUGCCGAAUCCACCGACACGCAGCAGCAGACCACCACCAUGCUGCCACUUGGCAGCCUCUCAGUGGCUGUGGCUGAUGCGGCAGCGGCGCCAACUGUGCGCGAGCCGAGCACAGGCGUGGAGUUCCCGGAGUUGCUGAGUGACAACGCGGAGGAGGGGGAGGGGGGGAAGAAGGGGGAGGAGGAGAAGGGGAAGAAGGGGAAGGGGAAGAAGGGAGAGAAGGUGGUGACAGGGGAUCGCACGCUGGCAGCUGUUGGUGUUCGCAACAAGAACCUGCUGGGGAUUAAGAACAUUAAGGUGUAUGCCUAUGGCGUGUACGUGGAUGGCCCGGCGCUGAAGAGCAAGCUGGCCAGCAAGUACGGCGGGACGAAGGAGGUGGCGCUUAGGGGCAGCCGAUGGCUGGUGGAAGAUGCCAUCGCUGCUGACGUCACCAUGGGUGUGCGCCUCGUCAUCUUCUACAGGCAUCUGAAGAUGGGGCAGGUGCGGGAGGCGUUCAACGAGUCACUGGGGGGGCGCAUGAAGGAGCUCAGUGGGGGCGUGCCGCAGACAGAACUGCUGCACAGUUUCACCAAGUGGUUCACUAACGACAUCAAGCUGCACAGAGGCACCGUCAUUGACAUCACACGCCGCCCAGGCCACGUGCUAGAGACAAAGAUCGACGGCAUGUACAUGGGAUCCACUAAGAGUGCGCUUAUAUCUCGGGCGCUCUUUGAGCUCUAUGUGGGGGACAAGCCAUUCGACAAGAAGGCGCGUGAGGGACUUAUCAACAAGCUCAUCUCUGUCGUCCACUCCUAGGGCCCCACAGUCUACUCUUGAUGCAGACACGUGGUUUUAGUAGCAAGCACCGUGCGCGCACAGCAGCACUAGGCGUUCCUAGCAACAUGAAUGCUCCCCGCAACUCGUGGGGUGUUGUGCGUUCUAGAGGCUCUUUAUUAAGGCUCUUUUGAUUAUUUAAUUCAGGCUCAGCAUUACUACCGGUAGCGGAUCUUGGGUUGGGGGGGCUCUAGGUGUUAACGUAGAAACGAAUGAUUACUAGAGGUGGAAACCUAGAACAAAUACUAGUUGGUUGUACUCACUAGAAGCAUACCUCAGUCUAGCCUAUAACUUCUACAUAGAUAAUAUGUAUAAGUUGACACACCCCCUAGGCUGGACAAGGG